AUGAGCGAAUUCGGCUGCUUCGCCUACAGCUCGAAUCGGGACCAGUCAAGUAUGCUAAAGACUUAUGAGCAGUUCUCAGCCGGUCAGUGGUUGGAUACAUAUGUACCUAAUAAUCCAAAACCAGGUGGCUUCACCAUCACUUCUCCACCCAAAGCCGCGAUGAGACCUGAUUCUCCUUACUUCGAAUUAGCAGUUCAAGAAUCCCCGGAUAACCCUCCUGCAGCAUGGCUCUGGCAGCCGCCGUCUGAGAUUCUGGGAUCUAAGCUGCAAGUACGCGUAGGGGGUAGUUUUAUCUUUCCCCCAGCUGAGAUACCUCUUGACAAGAUACGCCGUGUGGUGUUCGUGGCGGGGGGCGUAGGUAUCAACCCCUUUGCCAGCAUGAUAGGUUGUAUAGCAGAGGGGAGUUACCAACUUGACGUGAGGGUCCUCUAUUCCAGUAAGGUAUCUGCGCAGGGAUUGACGGGUGUUCUCUUCCUGGAAAGGAUCAGGAAGUGGUUUAAAGAGAAAAAAAUUAGUGGCGAUCUAAAAGUCUUCGGAACUGGUGGAUAUGGCAAGUAUGGCAAGUAUGAUGAUGAGAGCGGGUUCGACAUCGCGACAAGAAGGUUCACUAUUCACGAUGUGAAAGAAGCCAUUGCUGGACAGGAGAAUGAGUCUAUCGUGUAUGUAUGUGGGCCGGCAGAGAUGACAGAUGAGAUCGUGGAUGGGUUGACGAGAGAUGGCGGAAUGGACAAGAAGAGAGUCAUGUUAGAGAAGUGGUGGUAG